GUGGCUUAGGCAGCAUCUGAGCUAAUAAGGAGCUCAGUUGAACCAAUGCUUGAGCAAUACAGGCCUGCCGUAUUAGCUGCACUUAAAUUCUCAAAGUUGACACUUGGUACUGUCGCUCCACAAUUUACAGGGGUAAGCAUCAUUGAUGGUGAUGCUAAAUCAAUUACUAUGGAAUUGGACAUGCAGUGGGAUGGGAACCCCAAUAUUAUACUUGAUAUUAGAACCCAUCUUGGUGUUGGGCUACCAAUACAGGUUAAAAACAUAGGAUUCACAGGAGUUUUUAGAUUUGUGUUCAGACCACUGGUCGAUGAGAUUCCCUGUUUUGGAGCAAUUUCUUUUUCUUUAAGAGAAAAUAAGAAUCUCGAUUUCAAGCUUAAAGUCAUUGGCGGGGAUAUUUCAUCAAUUCCAGGAAUUUCUGAUGCUAUUGAGGAAACAAUACGAGAUGCUAUCGCAGAUUCAAUUACAUGGCCAGUUCGCCAAGUUAUACCCAUUAUACCAGGGGAUUAUAGUUACCUAGAGUUGAAACCUGUUGGAACACUAGAGGUGAAGCUCGUACAAGCAAAGGAGCUGACGAAUAAAGAUAUCAUUGGCAAGUCCGAUCCUUAUGCAGUCUUAUUCAUACGUCCAGUGCGUAGUAGAAUGAAGACUAGCAAAGUAAUUAACAACCAGUUGAAUCCUAUUUGGAAUGAAAACUUUGAUUUUAUUGUCGAAGAUGAGACUACACAACACUUGACUGUAAGAGUUUUUGAUGAUGAGGGGGUGCAAGCUUCUGAGCUCAUUGGUUGCGCUCAAUUUUCUCUUAAAGAACUUGAGCCCGGCAAAGUCAAGGAUGUGUGGCUGAAACUGGUCAAGGAUUUGCAAAUCCAAAGGGACAAUAAAAACAGAGGCCAGGUGCAGUUGGAGCUACUAUAUUGUCCUCAGGGUACUGAAAACGCAGUUAUGAAUCCUUUUACACGAGACUUUAGAUUAACUAAAUUGGAGAAGGCUCUUAAAAGUGAACCUGAUGAGAAAGAAGAUACAGAUCCCACGUCAGGAAAGAGAAAGGAUGUGAUUCUGAGAGGAGUUCUUUCAGUGACUGUAAUAUCGGCAGAAGAUUUGCCAGCUGUAGAUCUGAUGGGGAAGUCUGAUCCCUUUGUCGUUCUUAUAAUGAGAAAAACUGAGCAAAAACAAAAGACCAGGGUCGUACAUAAUUCAUUGGAUCCGGUGUGGAAUCAAACCUUUGACUUUGUGGUGGAGGAUGCUUUGCAUGAUCUACUACUGGUGGAAGUCUAUGAUCAUGACACCUUCGGAAAGGAUAAGAUGGGCAGAGUUGUAAUGACACUCACUAGGGUGACAUUAGAAGGGGAACUCACAGAGGCUUUUCCAAUAGAUGGAACCAAAUCAGGGAAAAUAAGUUUGCAUCUCAAGUGGACUUCACAGCCAAUAUUUCGUGAUUAAUGAAAGAUUGCAGAUUUUUUUGGUAGAAUUUACUCAUUUUUACACAUAUUUGUAUGUUUUAAGCAGACUAUACUGGAUAUAUACAUGGAUGCAAGAUGUUUACGGAAAGAAAACUUCUAUCAGAAUGCAUUCUUCUUAGUUUUUUCUU